ACACUAAGUGAAUUCAUAUGCUUCGAAUGCGAGUAUCACGCGGUGCUACUUUGCAGCAAUAAAUUUGCCAGUAUGCUAACUGUCUCGCACUUUAUAGGGCGGAAAGCUCGCUCCAUCGAGCGACCAGUUCUCGGUAGAUUGUGUAGAGUGCUCGCGAGAUGGGAAUCCACGGACGCGACAGAAGCAAAGCCGGCAGUACCAUACAAAACACUGCAGAGCAAAGACAGCAGUACACCAAGCUCUGUUCCUGCCGAGGCAGAUGUUGUUGUCAUUGGGGGAGGAUCUGUAGGAACCAGCACACUCUAUCAUUUGACAAAAAUGGGCGUCAAAAAUGUCAUCCUUCUUGAGCGUGACAAGCUAACCUCUGGAACAACAUGGCAUAGUGCUGGUCUAUUAUGGCGGCUCCGUCCCUCUGACCAAGAAGUUGAGAUUAUCGGCCACACCCGUGACCUAGCAAAAAGCUUAGAGGAGGAGACAGGAGUGUCCCCUGGCUGGAUUGAGAAUGGAGGACUUUUUAUUGCAAACAAUAAAGAGCGCUUAGAUGAGUACAAAAGAUUGAUGACGUUGGGACAUUGCUAUGGAAUUGACUCUCAUGUCCUGGAUCCAAAGGCUACAAAAGAGCUCUAUCCGCUUAUGAAUGUGAAAGAUCUAUAUGGGACUUUGUACAGUCCAGGUGAUGGAACUAUAGACCCCGCAGGGUGGGCAUCAGCUCUGACGCGUGGAGCUACCAAAAGAGGGGCUAAGGUGUUUGAGAAUUGUCCUGUGACUGGGAUAACAACAGAAGUAGAUGAUUUUGGUGUUCUGCGGGUGUCUGGCGUCGAUACUGUAGCAGGUCACAUCAAGACCAAGAAUGUUGUUAAUUGUGGAGGAUGUUGGGCACCAGCUGUUGGUGCCAUGGCAGGUGUCAAAGUCCCUCUAGUGGCCAUGCACCAUGCAUAUAUAGUCAGUGAGAGGAUAGAGGGGAUUCAGAGCAUGCCAAACGUUAGGGACCAUGAUGCAUCUGUCUACCUAAAGCUCCAGGGUGAUGGCUUGUCAAUCGGAGGAUACGAACAAAACCCUAUUUUCUGGGAAAAUGUGAAAAAAGACUUUGCAUUUAGUCUGUUUGAUCUUGAUUGGGAUGUCUUCAGCGUACACAUUGAAGGUGCCUGUAACCGUGUUCCUGUAAUUGCCGAGACGGGUGUAAAGUCAACCGUCUGUGGCCCAGAGUCCUUCACCUCUGACCACAAACCCCUGAUGGGCGAGGCCCCAGAGCUGAGAGGAUUUUACUUAGGGUGUGGCUUCAACUCUGCUGGAAUUAUGCUUGCAGGAGGGUGUGGCCGCGAGUUAGCAAAGUGGGUAGUCAAUGGACACCCUGAACUAGAUAUGUAUGGUUAUGAUAUAAGGCGAUUCCAUUCAUCCAUUACUGGUAACCAAAAGUGGUUGUCAGAGCGAAGUCAUGAGGCAUACGCCAAGAACUACUCCAUGGUCUUCCCCCACGAUGAGCCCUUGGCUGGAAGAAACAUGCGCUGUGAUCCAUUCCAUCAGGUACUACUUGAUAAUGGGUGUGUAUACCAAGAGCGUCAUGGAUGGGAAAGACCCGGUUGGUUUAAACCGGACUCCAAACCACAGUUGAAAGACUAUGACUUCUAUGGUUCUUAUGACCGCCCGAGACAUGAAGACUACCUUUACAAGGACCUUCUCUCGCAAGAGUACACUUUUGACUUUCCGCCACAUCAUGAUAUUAUCGGCGCUGAAGCAAAGGCUUGCCGUUCCAAUGCAGCGGUUUUCAAUAUGUCUUACUUUGCAAAGUACUACAUCUCUGGACCCGAUGCCCAAAAGGCCGUUGACUGGAUCUUCACGGCGAACAUGCAGAAAAAGCCAGGCUCGGUUACCUACACCUGUAUGUGCAACAAAGAUGGCGGCGUUGAGGCAGAUCUGACCGUGUCCGUGCUGGAGCCUGGGGACGGGUCAACUGCAGCCUUGCCGCAUUUCGAUGGUAAUGGAUUUUACGUCGCUAUCGGGGGAGGUGUUGGUCAGCACAGUUAUUCCCAUCUCACCAACGUUAUUGCGGAGAAAGGAUUCGACGUGAAGCUCGAGGAAGUGACCAAUGACUUGGGGAUGCUCAGUGUUCAAGGGCCAAAAAGCCGUGAAAUUCUCUCCAAAUUGACCGAUGCCGACCUGAGCGACGAAGCAUUCUCCUUCUCCACUCAUAAAAUGAUCAACAUCGCUGGGCACCCUGUGCGUGCCUUGAGGCUCACAUUUGUCGGAGAACUUGGCUGGGAACUACACAUACCACGGGACUCCUGUGUGCCAGUUUACCGUGCUGUUAUGGAGGCUGGACGCGAGCAUGGCAUAGUGAAUGCCGGCUACAGGGCUAUUGACUCCCUUAGUGCAGAGAAAGGCUAUAAGCACUGGCACCAGGAUUUAAGACACGAUGAUACUCCACUGGAGGCGGGGCUUGGUUUCACCUGUAAACUAAAAAAGGACACACCCUUCCUUGGACGCGAGGCGCUCGAAAAGCAGAAGGCUGAGGGGAUAAAGAAACGACUUGUGUGCUUCACUCUAGACCAACACAAGGCUUUACUAGGGCUUGAAGCCAUUCGGCGCAAUGGAGAAGUCUGUGGCUUCAUUCGCCGUGGAGACUGGGGGUUUGCUAUCGAUAAAAGCAUCGCCUACGGCUACGUGUACGACCCAAGCGGUAAACCGGUUACAAACGAGUUCAUCAAGUCUGGCAGCUACACGCUCGAAUCACGUGGGGAGAUUUUUUCCGUAGAAGCAAUCCUGGGUGCUCCCUUCGACCCGAAGAAUCUACGAGUUAAAGGACAGUAUGAUAAGAGCUCUGUCUUUUCUGAAAAGGCCGCAUCCAAGUAAAUAUCCAAGUAAAUUUUUUACACUUACACGUCAAAGAAUGCCGUAACUUAGAUUCUGGUUCCCAAGUGUGGUGUCAAACCAUCAAGAGAAUAAGCCUUUUGAUCCAACAAGAUUGAAAUAAAUUGUAUAUGAAUAUUGGAUGGUGGAGGUUUUCGUUCAUUUUUACUCGGAUAACUCGGGUUUCGGAGUUCAAAUGUAACACAAACACCGGUUUUAUAGGAGAACAUGUAUACCAUUGUGUAAUAAAAUAAUGUUUGUAAUUAA